AGGGAGAGGGAGAGGAUUAUACAGACCGAACGCAGCAGCAGGAUUAAAACUGGGCUGAUGAGUUUGUUCAGCUCAGAGGAAGAAUUGAAUUCAGACAGACUCUGAGGAUGUGACCUGGUCACCUGCAGCCGCUCUCACCUGGACUGGACGGAUACGAUGAAGCUGAACGUCGUCCUCAAACAACCUUCGGUCUGAGCAGUACCGUGGAGCUGAUUUGGACCCGUGGGCCAGGAUCAUGUACGUCCUGUGCACCCUGGCCGUCCUGACCCUCCACAGCCUCCUCAAGAGCUGGAACAACAAGGCCGUGGAGCCCAGCAGGAGCUCGAGGGCUGCGGGGCGGCAGGGUCCCGAGGGACAUGGAGACGACCCGGUGAAGAGUUUGGACCGCAGAGGACCGAGGAGCGGCAGACCUGAAGGGAAACGGCGGCGAGGAGGCGGCAUGCGUAACAUACCUGACAGCAGGAAGAGAGUUCAGCCGGUCCAGCAGUCCAGCGCUCUGCUCAGCCCGGCGGUCAUGUUCAGCACAAGAAAAACCUGGGACCUCAGCCACGCCCCCUGCCUGCAGGAGUUCUGGAAGAAAGACAUCUCAUUGGACGCGAGCUCAGUGGACUUCCUGAUGAGUGAUGGUGAAGACGACGGCUCCUUCCUGUCUCUGCCCACCGCCGCCUUCUCACAGCGCCCCUCUCUGACCGCAGAGCUGAACGAAACAAACGCACCCAGCCAGCAGCUGCUCAUCCAGACUCUACAGGACAAAGUGUGUGAGUUUCAGACUCGUCUGCGUUCUGAAGAAGCGACCCGUCACAUUCUGCUCCAGCAGCUGCAGCAGCAGAGCGUCCAGGAGAAAACGAGUGUUGGAGGCGUUCAGGCGUCGGCUCCGCCCAACGGUGUGAGGGUGUUGCAGCCAGGUGAACAACCUUUAGAUUGUCUCAGCCGUCCAGAAGAAGAGCAGCUCGUUACUCAGCUGCGCACACAGGUGGAGGAGCUGGAGGAGAAGCUGUUGGAUCAGACUCAGGAGGUGGAGAGACUUCGCUCUGAACUGGGGGCGACAGACCUGGAGAAGCAGCUGGAGCUGCUGGUGGUGGAGAACCAGCGUCUGAAGCAGGAGCUGAAGUCAUGCAGGAGCUCAGAGCUUCACAGCCUCGACGCUGCUGCAGAGAGCUGCAGCCACUGCCCUCACAGCCAGGAUGCCGAGGCCCUGCGGAGGGAGGUGUCUUGCUGGGAGAACCAGGCCCGGCAGAGGGAGCACAGGCUGGCUGAGCUGGAGCGAGAGCUGCUGGAGAAAACCUCCAGGGUGGAGAGCCUCCGCCUGCAGCUGGACGAGUCCACCCGACAGCUGGACGAUGGACGGAGGCAGCUGGAGGAGACCCGGCGGAGGCAGGGGGAGGCAGAGCAGAAACUCACCCUCCGACUGCAGGAGUGUGAGGACGAGCUCGCCAGGCAGGCUGCAACGCCCCCCAGAGUCAAGUAUGUGACCCACACGGUGGAGGUGGAGUCGGCCGACUCUCAGAAAGCUCUGGCUGAACUGCAGAUGAAGAACGCCGGCCUGCAGGAGCAGCUGUCGGUUCAGAGGCAGCUGCUGAGGGAGCUGGAGACGCAGCUGCACGAGUCACAGAGGACCUGCGCUCAGCUCAGGACGCAGAUCCUGGUCUAUGAGGGAGAGAUGGAGCGAGCUCAGGGUCAGCUGGAGGCCGAGAUGCAGAACCUGGAGGAGGAGAAGAACCGCGUGAUCGAGGAGGCGUUCAUCCGAGCUGAGAGCGAGAUGAAGGCGGUCCACGAGAACCUGGCGGGAGUGCGUAUGAACCUGCUGAGCCUGCAGCCGGCCCUCAGGACGCUCACCUGUGACUACAACUGUCUGAAGAGGCAGGUGCAGGACUUCCCCUUCAUGCUGGACAAGGCGAUCACAGAGGCCAAACAGGAGAUCUGUCAGGUGAUCAGCGAGGUGAGCAGUGCCAAUCAGGAGCUGCUGCGUAAAUACAAGCGAGAGAUGAACCUGAGGAAGAAAUGUCACAACGAGCUGGUGCGACUCAAAGGUAACAUCCGUGUUUUCUGCCGCGUCCGGCCGGUCAGUCAGGAAGAGCAGGACUCCGCCGACGCCAAAACCAUGUUGAGCUUCGACUCGGAAGAUGACGCCGUCCUCUACCUCUCCAACAAGGGCAAGAUCAUGACCUUUGAACUGGACAAAGUCUUCUCUCCUCAGGCCACACAGGAAGAGGUGUUCCAGGAGGUCCAGUCUCUGGUCACUUCCUGUAUCGACGGCUUUAACGUCUGUAUCUUUGCCUACGGACAGACCGGCUCUGGAAAGACCUACACCAUGGAGGGCGUGGUGGACGACCCCGGCAUCAACCAGCGAGCACUCCGCCUGCUGUUCUCUGAGGUGACGGACAAAGCUCCAGACUGGGACUACAACAUCACCGUCAGCAUGGUGGAGAUCUACAACGAGACGCUGCGGAACCUGCUGGGGGAGAAUCCCACCGACAAGCUGGACAUCAAGAUGAACCCUGACGGCAGCGGACAGCUUUACGUCCCCGGACUGACAGAGUUCACCGUCCAGAGCCCCGAGGACAUCAACAAGGUGUUCGAGUUGGGUCACAUGAACAGAGCGACGGCCUGCACCAACCUGAACGAACACAGCUCUCGUUCACAUGCUCUGCUCAUCAUCACCGUGUCCGGAUUCAACUCUGCUACUGGGAACCGCACACAAGGUAAGCUGAACCUGGUGGACCUGGCGGGCUCGGAGAGGAUCGCCAAGUCGGGGGCGGAGGGCAGUCGCCUCAGAGAAGCUCAGUGCAUCAACAAAUCACUGUCGGCGCUUGGUGAUGUCAUCAACGCGCUGCGGUGCAAACACUCCCAUGUCCCGUUCAGAAACUCGCGCCUCACCUACCUGCUGCAGGACUCUCUGAGCGGAGACAGCAAGACGCUUAUGAUGGUGCAGGUGUCUCCGCUGCCCGGCAACAUGAGCGAGUCGGUGUGUUCGCUGAAGUUCGCUCAGCGCGUUCGCAGCGUCGAGCUGAGCUCCUCGUCCUCCCGGAGACACGAGAACUCGUCCACCUCAUCCUCGCCAACCCACGACAGCGUCGAGCUGGACUCCCCCCCGGUGACCCCCGUCCCUCUCCCCAUCUCUCGGGCCAGCAGCGCCGGCUCCACCCUCUCCUCUGCCUCCAGAACCCCCAGCAGCUCCCGCAGGAGGUCCCAGUCCCAACUGUCCACAGACAGACAGGUAGACAGAGCCAGUCCAUUGGUGGGGGACGGUGGGCAGGACGACUGAAGCUGACGGCCUGAGAGACCCGGAGAGGAGCGCAGGGUGUCUGCCAGCACCCUGAGGCCUCUCCACCUCCUCCCCCACCUCCUCCUCCUCCUCCACCACUGAAGGAGCAAAGACUGAUGGGAACUUUAACGAGCUAAUCUUGAACUGAAACAGACUUUAAUCUCUGUCGAGUGUCGGCAGAGGAACCGGCCAAACGCUUGGAGCGCUGACGGAUGUAGAACUGAAACCUGAACAUUUUCGGCUACAAUCACAGUAUUUCUUUUGUUUCUUUGUAAAGUUGCACUUUAAACUUCUAGAUUAUUUUCUAACCCACAAUUCCAGAUGUGGUUGAUUAUAAUAUAUGCAUAAUAUGGUUAUUAUAUAUUUAUGUUUGACAUGCUUUAAUCUUGUUUUUGUUACAUUUUGAUUUUAUUUUUGAUUUUAUUUGAUUUUUUGGUGGAGGAGCCACGUGAACAUUCUGAGGUUAAUCUUAAUAUUCUGAUCUGAAGACUCAGAUUACCGACACGUAGCCUGUAGUUCUCUAACAGAGGCUGUCUUUGUGUCCUCACGGUCCUCUUUUGUCCAAUCAGGGUACUCCACUGAUCCCGAGCUGUCCAAUAAGACGUGAGCAAUACGAGGAAUCCUCUCCUGUGUACAUGAUUGUUGUGUUUCUUCUCUCCUGUGGACUUUUGAAGAAGCUUCUUCUUCCUUCGGCUCAUUGAAGAAAAACUCGCUCAGAUCUUCAGUUUCCUCGACCGCUUCUCGUCGGUGUGCUCCUGCUGUCGUCUCGUCACCUCUGUAGAAAACACAUGUAGGAAACCACAGGUGACCUCUGACCUGACACAGAACACACCUGUAGCUGUUGAUCUGGUGCUCACGCAGGUGGAGCGACUAGUUAGUUGUAGUUGUAGUAACAGGAAUCAGCUGCUGAUCAACCUGUCUGCUUGCUUUGUCUCCGCUGUAGAAAUUUCUACAGUUUGGGUUUUUGUAUUCCUUUUUAAUAAACACUUGAAACUAA